UAUUCUUUCUUCUCUCUCUCGGCACUUUACUUUCUUCGACGCUCCACACACAACGAGCGAGCAGAGCAAAGCGAUGGCGAGCCUUUGGCGAGCCGCGACAGGUGCAUCCCUGAAGGCUGACGACUACGACGGAGUGGAAUUUUGGUCGAAUCCCGAGCGUACCGGAUGGCUGACGAAGCAGGGAGAGUACAUCAAGACAUGGCGUCGCCGGUGGUUCGUUCUCAAGCAAGGCAAGCUCUUCUGGUUCAAGGACUCGUACGUCACACGUGCUUCCAAGCCCCGCGGCGUGAUCCCCGUCGGAACUUGCCUCACCGUCAAGGGCGCCGAAGACGUCCUCAAUAAACAGUUCGCUUUCGAGCUCUCCACCAAUAGAGAGACCAUGUACUUCAUCGCCGAUUCAGAGAAAGAGAAGGAGGAAUGGAUCAACUCGAUCGGACGAUCAAUCGUCCAGCACUCCCGAUCUGUUACCGAUUCGGAAGUCGUCGAUUACGAUGCCAAGCGGUGAGAGCAAGUGUUUGAUCAUGUUUAUGUACACUAGGUGCGCUCGAUCUUGUCUUGUCACGUCGAUCCAUGAAUUACAAACCUUUUGUGUGUGAAUAUUAGUUGGGAUCGUUUCGCUUUUGAUCUUUUUGUGAGAGGACCUCCUCAUUAAUUUCAGUUCGCCUUUGUAUAGAAUUAUGCUUAAUGUGAUUCUGAAAUUUCAAUUUCUGCAUUC